UCAGGCCCCUGUGUCUGAAGGAUGGGGAAGAACCCUAAGCCCAAUCACGGGGUCUCCACCUCACCCCCUGAUACAUGAGGAAAUCAAUAGAGAGAAGAUCCUAGAACUCACCAACAAGAUGAUUGAGCUGCUGACUGGAGAGGUUCCUAUAAGGUGUCAGGAUGUCACAGUCUAUUUCUCCAUGGAGGAGUGGGAGUAUUUAGAAGGACACAAAGAUAUGUACAAGGACGUCAUGAUGGAGAAUCACCGGCCUCUCACAUCCCCAGUUAAGGAAGAGAGAAGAACACCGGAGAGAUGUCCCAGUCCUCUUCUUCCACAGGAUGGUUCAGAAGAAUCUCACAAUGUCCCACAGGAUGAUCAGGUCAUAUAAAACCUUCCACACGACUUCUCCAACCGUCUGAUGACUUCUACAAUAUUUCUUUCACAGCUUGUGAAUCCGGGUGAAGAUCUGAACAAUAUUAAUCCUACAGAGACAUAUGUGAGGGGUGAUGAGCAGAGUACAGAGGACAUCCCUACAGAUAACCGCCCAGAUGACUGUAAUAGGAACAUAGAGAAACAGCUGGUAUCUUCAGAUGAUUGUGGUAUCACACAAGAUACAUAUGAAGAGCAUGCCAAUAUCCAAGAUAUAGCUUCAUCCAAGCAUGGAAAAAAAGUAUCAUUUGAUCCUUCUAAACAGGUCAAAUCUUCUGAUUCAUCACAGACUGUAACACAAAAUAAAAGUUACAGAAAUGGUGUUAAACAUCAAACAGCUCAAGUAAAAGAGAAGCCAUUUUCAUGUCUAGAAUGUGGUAAAUGUUUUAAGCAGAAAAUGGUUUUUGUUGAACAUCAGAGAAUUCACACAGGAAAGAAGUCAUUUUCUUGUUCAGAAUGUGGGAAAUGUUUUAACCUUAAAUCAGGUCUUGAUGACCAUCUAAGAAUUCACACAGGAGAGAAACCAUUUUCAUGUUCGGAAUGUGGGAAAUGUUUUAAGCAGAAAUCGGCUGUUGUUGUACACCAGAGAGUUCAUACAGGAGAGAGGCCAUUUUCAUGUUUAGAAUGUGGGAGAUGUUUUAAGCAGAAAGGAGUUCUUAUUACACAUCAGAAAAUUCACACAAGGGAGAGGCGAUUUUCUUGCUCAGAAUGUGGGAAAUGUUUUUACCGCAAAUCAGCUCUUGAUGCCCAUAAGAGAACUCACACAGGGCAAAAGCUAUUAUCAUGUUCAGAAUGUGGGAAAUGCUUUUACUAUAAUUUAUCUUUUCUUAAACAUCAGAGAAUUCACACAGGAGAGAAGCCAUUUUCAUGUUCCAUAUGUGGAAAAUGUUUUCACUCUUAUUCAUCUCUCCGGAAACAUAAGAUAAUUCAUACAGGAAAGCAGCCAUUUUCAUGUUCAGAAUGUGGUAAAUGUUUUAAUGAUAAAUCACGUCUUAAUAUACAUGAGAGAAUUCACAAUGCAGAGAAGCCAUUUUCAUGUUCGGAAUGUGGGAAAUGUUUUAGGGAUAAAUUCAUUCUUGUUGAACAUCAGAGAAUUCACACAGGGGAGAGGCCAUAUUCAUGUUCUGAAUGUGGGAACUGUUAUCGCACUAAAUCAAUUCUUACUAUACAUGAGAAAAUUCACACAGGAGAGAAGCCAUUUUCCUGUUCUGAAUGUGGUAAAUGUUUUCACCAGAAUUCAGAUCUUGUUACACAUCAGAGAGUUCACUCUGGAGAGAAGCUAUUUUCCUGUCCGGAAUGUGGGAAAUGUUUUAAGCAUAAAUCGGCUGUUGUUGUACACCAGAGAAUUCACACAGGAGAAAAGCCAUUUUCAUGUUUAGAAUGCGGGAGAUGUUUUAAGCAGAAAGGAGCUCUUGUUGCACAUCAAAAUCUUCACACAGGAGAGAAGCCAUAUUCAUGUUCAGAAUGUGGGAAAUGUUUUAAGCAGCAAUCAGGUCUUAAUGCACAUAAAAAUGCUCACACAAGAGAGAAGCUAUCUUCCUUCUUAGCCCGUUAGUAACCACCCUUACUUGUUUUUAUGGUAGUCAGUGUCA